UGGGCUGUCCCUCUCUUCCGUCUCGCCCUCCUCGGGAUACAUUCAUACACUCCAGCUGUCCGUCUCCACACUCCACUCAGUCAAGCUGAAGAGGUAGAACAAGGAAGAAGGAGAAGAACAAGAAGAGAAGGAAGAGGCAGCUAAAGAAGAGAGAGACAGAGAGAAAAAGAGGAAGAGAAGGGAGAGAAACCUUCACCGGAAGAGAAGAGAAGAAAAGAGGAGAGACAGACAGAGAGAAUCCACAAGAAUCCAAGGCCACAACAGGAGGAGAAGUGACCUGUUCCUCAGUGUGAUUUCAAACCCUGGUUAAAGCCAGCAACCACUUUCAUAUCCCUCCCUGAGGCCUGCAGUGUGUGCCAGUGUGUGUCUGUGAGUGUGUGUGUGUGUAUUUGUGUGUGUGUGUUUGACGAGCACUCUGCCUGUGUGUGUUUUGAGCUCUGAGCUCCAGAAGGGCCAGGUGAACGUGUCUGUGUGCGAGGAUGCGCUCCGUGUGUGUUUUGUUUUUUUGUGUGUGUGUUUCAGUGUUCCUCCGUCGUGCUAUUUCACAACCGCCCACAGAAAGUGACACCUACACGGAGUGCACAGAUGGCUAUCACUGGGAUCCACAGACUCAGCACUGCAAAGACAUUAAUGAAUGUGAAACAAUCCCAGAGGCGUGUAAGGGAGAGAUGAAGUGCUUCAACCAUUACGGAGGUUACCUGUGCCUGCCUCGCUCUGCCUCGGUCAUCCCAGCCCCUGACCCCCCCAGACAAAUCUCACCAGGCCUGGACAAUCCACCCAGCGAGCCCUACAACCCCUGCCCUGCCGGCUACGAGCCACAGGGGGACAGCUGUGUGGAUGUUGACGAGUGUGAGCGGGAUGAACAUGACUGCCAGCCCAGCCAGGAGUGUUUCAAUACAGAAGGCUCUUUCACCUGCCAGUGUCCGGGCGGAUACCGCAAAGUGGGAACAGAGUGCAUUGACAUUGAUGAGUGCCGGUACCGGUACUGCCAGCACCGCUGCGUUAAUGUCCCCGGCUCUUUCUCCUGCCAGUGUGAGCCAGGCUUCCAGCUGGCUGGCAACAAUCGUUCCUGCAUUGAUGUGGAUGAGUGUGACAUGGGCGCCCCCUGCAGUCAGAGGUGUUAUAACACUUACGGCACUUUCCUCUGUCGCUGUGAGCAGGGCUAUGAGCUGGGGCCUGAUGGGUUUGCCUGCAAAGACAUAGACGAGUGCAGCUACUCCAGUUACCUCUGUCAGUAUCAGUGUGUCAAUGAACCAGGAAAGUUCUCCUGCAUCUGUCCAGACGGCUACCAGCUCCUGGGGACUCGCCUGUGCCAAGAUAUAAAUGAGUGUGAGACGGGCACACACCAGUGCGCUGAAGGCCAGACCUGCGUGAACAUUCAUGGCGGCCAUCAGUGUGUCGACGGAAACCGCUGUGAGGAGCCCUACGUUAAAGUAUCGGAAAAUCGUUGCGUGUGUCCUGCUACUAAGCCAGGCUGUCGAGACUUGCCCUUCUCCAUUGUGCAUCGCUACAUGAGCAUCACCUCGGAGCGCUCUGUCCCAUCCGACAUCUUCCAGAUCCAGGCCACCAGCGUCUAUCCUGGAGCCUACAACACAUUCCGUAUCCGCUCAGGAGACGAAACCGGAGACUUCUACAUCAGGCAAAUCAACAACAUCAGUGCCAUGCUGGUGCUGGCCCGAGCCGUCAACGGACCCAAAGAGUACGUCCUGGACCUGGAGAUGGUUUCGGUCAACCCCCUCAUGAGCUACCAGACCAGUUCUGCGCUUCGCUUAUCUGUCUAUGUGGGACCUUAUGCUUUCUAAUAGAGAGGUCUAUUCAGAGCCAGACGUAGAGAGGGAGGGGAGUGGUGGGGGGUUGAAUGGCUAGCAGAUGAAACAGCGGUAGAGGUGUGGAUGCAAGGAUGGCUUAACCAAUAGAGACGAGGGGGUUUGAGAUGGGGAUAUAAUGGGAAGGAUUAAAGGAAUACACCAGCAUUUUUAGAUCAAGCCUCUAAUGUGCCUGAACUAUUAUACAGUAUAGGAUUGAUCAACGCAGAGAGUAAUCUUGCUGUUUUUAUCUGUGCAUAGAAGAGAAAUCAGCGAACAUGGUCCUUUAGCACCAACCCAUACCCUCUAAAACUGGUAUCUGGUACCUGUGCUACAGGUACAGUAGCUUUCCUAGCACAAAAUGAACCCCUAAAAUGCUCAAGGAACAAAUCAUUUUAGCAUUAUUGUAUUUUUAGGGGUCCAUAUCCUCAAUAUUAUUUUUUUGUUCCUGUUUAAAUUAAUCAAAACUUCAAAAAAUGUAUAUGUACCAUUUUAACCAUUUUUAAAUCUCUCCUCAUCACUUCUAAUUAAACAUUUGUGAUGUUUAAGCCUGACACAUGUAUAGCCGCUCUUGUGUAUUGAUUACUGCAUCUUAUUUGGAAAGAAACACUCCAUAUAACUUCAGGCUAAAUGGGCAGGACUAAACUGAUGUAGGCUUCAGCAUAACUGGAUAUAUGAGCUACAUCCCAGCUACAUAAAUGUUCUCGGAACAUGUUCAACACAUAGGGACAAAUGAAAAAUGAAAAAAACAUUAUGAAAAAUAAAGCUAUAGGUAACCAUUUAUUUGUAUAUGAUAUAAUAUGAACAUGUAAAAUGUAACAUUUUUCUCCAAAUACACACUUUUCAAAGUUUUUUAAUUCCAAAAUGUAUUUUAUUUUUCUAUUUAAAACAGCUAUAACAUUUACAAACACCUUUCCAAUUGUGAAAAGUGAAUGUAGAGCACACCUGUAGGGUACACAAUUGAAAAAUUUGAAAAAAAAAAAAAAAAACUUUAGGAGCUUGUACAUUAUUUUGUACCUUGGGAAACAAAAAUAUGCUAUUUACCUUCAGCAAAACUGAGACUAGGUUGGAAAAUUCUGGAGUAUUCCUUUUUCUUUUUAAGUUUGCUGGAAGAGCAAUGCUGUAUGCCAAGCACUCAUGUCUCAUGCGAAAUAGAACCAAACUAUACAACUACUACAUCUACAUCACAGAGUCUUAAAGACAGGCACUAUGGUUUGCAGACAUAUUUACGCAACACUGUGAUGCUCCUAUAUUGUGUUGUGUUCAAAAUAGCGAAGAUAGCAGCUGCACUGCGACUUCAAAAAAACCUGCUGUACGACCUAUAUAGCCUUCUGUUUCACUUUCAUCUGGCCUUUCUCGUCCCUCUCACAUCAUCUAGGCUCAUUUUCAAGAUGGCUUCUGUGCCCAAGGAUAUGUUUUUUUUAUCUUCUUGUCUUUCAGUCUCUGCCUCAGCUGCUGCAGCCCUUGCUGAUGGACCAGCAUAAUUCCAUUAGUUUUGCACCCCCGCCCUGUCUAUUUUCAGAUAUAUGUAGCAUAUGUUCAAGCACGAAUCGAAAUAUAUGCACCUCUGCAUAGUCAUAAUUGUGAUACGGCCUCCUUGAGCUUAGUUAGGCCUGUCACGAUCAUUACAUUAUCCAAUUAUUAUACAGUAUAUGGACAUGAGUUUUCUUGCAUUAGUUUGCAUAAGCCUGAACAUCACUAAUACUGAAGGCAGUCAUUCAAUAACCAAUGCAUUAAUAACAGUGCCUUGACUGUUACAUAGGAUUGAUUACAAUGGACAGUUGUUUUAAUGUCUUUACCUGUGCAUAGGAUAGAAAUCAGCCAACAUGUUAUGUUAGCACCUCCCCAUUGGCUUUCAUUGUCAGCCAGCAGGCUUUCUUAUUCGCUAUACAGUGAUAAAAGUGUUUUUAUUGAUGCUAACUGAAAAUACUGAAGAUAUUCCAAAGAAAAGCAUUCUUUCUUUUGUAUUGAAGAAAGUAACUGUACCAUUAUGAACUGCAGUUGUAUUUAAAGGGGCCAAAUCCUCAUCAUAAAUUCUUUUAAAAUUCACCAGCCAACAGCUGUAGGCUGCAUAGGAUUCCCAAUUCUACUUUUCUCCACUUAUAGUUAACUAUUAUAAGGUAUAAGUUAAUUGUUCUUUACUUUGUGUACUUGCUGUUAUACUAUCAAUCUUGUAAAUCUUUAAAAGUAAAAUGGUUUCAAAAUGACAAUGAUAGCUUUCAUCUCAGUUAUUUCUGAGACUUUUUAUCGUCCAAAAAUAAGAAGUUAUCGUGACAGGCCUAAGCUUACUGACCAUUCAGAGCCGUAUCAUUAAUCAAUAACCACUCAGUCCUCCUCAUCUACAUCUCUAUAUCCUCUACCAAGCCAAAUCCAUCACUAAUCUUCAUGUUGUUAUUAUUGUUAUUAUUAUUAUAAUUAUUUUUGUUUGUUUUUGUAGUUUUCAUACCAUGCUGUCGAUGAUGUACUUUUAUGUCCUGGAAUUAUUACUGUAAUAAAUAUGACACUACCAAAUCUCUA